AUGAAGUGUCUAAUGAACUUCUUUAUACAUGUUGAUGCUCCGUUUAUACAUAUUCCGGGAAAUGGAAUUGUCUCUGGGACAUAUUUAAAAAUGGAACGUGUUAAAAAUAUCAAAGCUUAUCUCGGUAUUCGGUAUGCACAUGCUGCGCGAUUUUCGCCACCCGAUAUUGAGAUUACACCGUGGAAGGGAAUUUUUAAUGCAACAUCGUUUGGACCAAGUUGUUGGCAAAAAGGCAUGUCUUCCAUGAGCCAACAUACUGAUAAAAUACUAGAAAUUAUAUCAGCCGAUAAGACAGUUGAUGACGGUUUCAAAAAAUACGAAGAGAAUUGCUUGUAUCUGAAUGUGUUUGUACCUGAUGGACUACCUGAAAUAAACGGAUAUGCAGUCAUUGUGUGGAUUCAUUCGGGAGACUUUUCGUCUGGAAGUCCCAUGGAUGUGGAGCCAUUUCAAUUAGUUUUUAAACAAAAAGUUAUUGUUGUAACCUUUUCGUAUCGCUUGAAUAUUUUUGGAUUUUUUUCCACCGAUGACGGCGAGGCCCAGGGUAACUAUGGACUAAUGGAUCAAUCCGCGGCAUUAUAUUGGAUUAAGAAGAAUAUUAACUAUUUCGGAGGUGACUCAAACCGCAUAACAUUAAUGGGUCAUGAUGCGGGGGCCAUAAGUGUGGGAUUGCACAUGACCUCGGGCGAGUGGUCAAAGGGAGCUUUUCAUAAGGCGAUCAUAAUGUCGGGAAAUCCCCUGAAUGCGGUUAAAUAUCCGUACGACUAUGAUAAUGCCCUAGAUCAAAUAUCAAGCAUUUUUGGAUGCCCUCGAAGACCCACAUCCAUGUUUAUGCAGUGCCUGAAGAGAAUCGAUGCAAAGCGUUUGUCUGAUAAUUUGCCACUCGUUAACUGGGGUCCAGUGGUUGAUUUCGGUUUAAGUAACAUUUCGUAUCCCUUUAUUGAAAAUCAGCCCGAAACAUUGUUUUUAAAGGGAAAUUAUCACAAAGUACCUGUAAUUAUUGGAGUAACUGAUAUGGAAGAAGUCCUUACGCUCUUCAAAGAUAACAUUGACUCUGAGAUAAGCGCCAAUGAUUUAAAGGACUUCUUUGGUGAUAUUGCCAUGAAUGAUAUGCACAAAAUGGUCAAGAACUAUGAAUGGUGCUCGAACUAUGAGCUUAUAUCCGAUGCAAUCAAUUUCAUGUACUCAGCUGAAACUAAUGAGGAUCAAGGAAUUACUAAUUCACAUCUAAUCAAUGCACAUAAUGAGAAAUUCUAUACAACACCAAUGCAAAUAUUUGCCGAUAUAGUUAGCAAGGAUCAGCACGUUUAUAGUUAUAUAUUUAAAUUCAAAUCAAAGGCACUCUAUCAAAAGAUACCAAAUUGGGUGGGAGUUCCCAAAUAUUUUGAUCAAGUAUUUGUCUGGGGUACUCCAUAUAUGAAUAAUGUUAUUGAUUGGAAGUCGACCGAUAAGAAAAUUGCUGAUAUCAUUAUGACAUUGUGGGCGAAUUUUGCCAAAUUUUCGAAUCCUACCAAAGCAAAUGUGUAUGUUAAAUGGAAUGCCGUUAGCCAGGAUAAUUUCUCUGUUCUUCAAAUUGAUGAGAAUUUCAAUACAGAAAAUCUUGCAAAUAAUCAGAGAGUACGAUUUUGGAAAUUAUUGUAUCCGAAAAUAAUUGAUUUCUCUGCUGAUUGCUGCAAUUCAACAAAUUUGGCAUCUACCUUUACAUUGGCAAACAUAUUGAAAAUUUCACUGAAUAAAUUAACAUCAAGAGACUUUCGGUAG